UGCUCCCUCCUCCGUGCGCAGUGGGUUCGCUCUGGGCCGGCUCGCGGGGCGCGUCUACUUCCUCCUCCCUUGUGCGCGUGAGUAAGCGCUGCUCUUCACAGUCGCGAAGCAGCCUUCGCUUCGCGAGGCUCACUGUGCUUGGAGCUCUAGCUGAGCCACCAAGGCAACGGAAUUCCUUGGGGUGAGGCCAGGGUGGGCGUCUUCACGGCUCCGGAGCCCCUCGGAGCGCCUAGCCCGUCCCCUGGGUGUUAGAAUCUGGACCGCCUGCAACAUCUCCAGGACUCAGGGACACCACACCUCCUGGGCUUGCGGAGAAGCAAGGUGGUACCAGACCGGGGCCAAGGCCAGGAAUGGAGGCUGGAAUUGCCACUGAAAAACCUUCGCUUUAGCGCCCCUGUUGUUUGACUGGAGCGACUGCUUUCACCUCUCUCCGCCUCAGUUUCUCCAUCUGUUAAGUGAAGAAUCUUAACAGCCAGUGUCGUUUUUCUCAGGCAUGGACUCCUUUAAGAACCUGGUGAGAAAUAAUAGACCCUUUCAAAGAGAAAUGCACCACAUGUUUAGCAGCGUUUUAGACAGUCCACCCAAGUAGGUGAUUUUUUAGGGAUUUUUCCACUUUUAUGAUUCUGAUGGUUGCCCCGAUGGCAGGCAGGGAAGGGGUGAGCUGGGCAACAGCUGGCGGCCCCUCCAUCCCGGACUAAGUCUGCUGAUCUGGUUGUGCCUCCUCCCCUCACUCACCAGCUCCACGUCUCCGCUUCUCUGAGCUUGGUGGGAAAGAAUGGCUUUCCUCAACAGACUUGGGUAGAGGUGGUUUCGGCUCAGCCUAGGGUGGGAGUUGUUGCCUGAACCCCAACUGGACCCUCCCACCUCCAUUCCCCAGUACUUAGAUGCUGUCACCUAACUGGACAGACCUCGGAGCACCCAGCCCACGUCAGGGAGUGGAGUCUACGGGAUAUUGUAUAAGGUGGUCACACACAAAGCAUGUCAUGCGACCUCGGUGAAACGUUUAGAAGUCUCCUGUUCACACCAGAGGCCCCACGGAUAGGGCACGAAAGAAUAGCUACCUGUUCAUGGUAAAGUUCCAGCAUAAACCCUAAUGACGGUAAUAAUAAUGGCGGCCCUCUGCGGUGCAGCAGCUAUGUACACGUUCUACACCUGCGGUUUUACACCUGUUACAGCGGAGGAUGACUGGGACGCCCAGAGGUUAGAGAACUUGUUCUUGCUCCCCUUGGCCUGUGUCACACAGUGCUACUGAAACCAAGAGAGGUGAAGCCACUUCCUGAACUGAGGAGUGACAGAGUCAGAUCUCAAAUCCCUGCUCUUCCCAAAGCAUGAUGCCUUCAGCCAGAAGGAUGAGAAUUAUUUUGGGAGAUGAAUACCAGCUUUGGUUGAAGGAAUAAGAACCGAAGAGAAGUUAAAGGAGUUGGAACCACAGAUCUUUACAUCUUCAGGUGAAGCACCCAGUCGUCUGUGCUGUCCUUCCCUGGCAGGAAGGGCCUGCAAGCUCCCUGUUGAUUCAUCACACAGGGCACGUGCCCAGACCUUCCAACAAAAUAUCCGUGAACAGAUGGCCACAGCAUGGGGACAGUGAGGCCCCAACCUUUGAGGACAGACUAUGCUGGUGCGGCUGGUGAUUGCAGAGAAGGGCCUGGCAUGUGAGGAGCGGGACGUGAGCCUGCCUCAGAGUGAGCACAAGGAGCCCUGGUUCAUGCGGCUCAACCUGGGUGAGGAGGUGCCCGUCAUCAUCCAUCGCGACAACAUCAUCAGUGACUACGACCAGAUCAUCGACUAUGUGGAGCGCACCUUCACAGGAGAGCACGUGGUAGCCCUGAUGCCCGAGGCGGGCAGCCCACAGCACGCACGGGUGCUGCAGUACCGCGAGCUGCUGGACUCACUGCCCAUGGACGCCUACACACACGGCUGCAUCCUGCACCCCGAGCUCACCACCGACUCCAUGAUCCCCAAGUACGCCACGGCUGAGAUCCGCAGACAUUUAGCCAACGCCACCACGGACCUCAUGAAAUUGGACCAUGAAGAGGAGCCCCAGCUCUCUGAGCCCUAUCUUUCUAAACAGAAGAAGCUCAUGGCCAAGAUCCUGGAGCAUGAUGAUGUGAGUUACCUGAAGAAGAUCCUUGGGGAGCUGGCCAUGGUGCUGGACCAGAUAGAAGCCGAGCUGGAGAAGAGGAAACUUGAGAAUGAGGGACAGAAAUGUGAGCUGUGGCUCUGCGGCUGUGCCUUCACUCUCGCCGACGUCCUUCUGGGAGCCACCCUGCACCGCCUCAAGUUCCUGGGACUGUCCAAGAAAUACUGGGAGGACGGCAGCCGGCCCAACCUGCAGUCCUUCUUUGAGAGGGUCCAGAAGCGCUUUGCCUUCCGGAAAGUUCUCGGCGACAUUCAUACCACCCUGCUAUCGGCCGUCAUCCCCAAUGCAUUCCGGCUGGUCAAGCGGAAACCGCCAUCUUUCUUUGGGGCCUCCUUCCUCAUGGGCUCCCUGGGCGGGAUGGGCUAUUUUGCCUACUGGUACCUCAAGAAAAAAUACAUCUAGAGCUGAGCCAGGCCUGGGCUUGGUGUCUGACUGUCAGUGUCUCUGUGCUGUGUGAUUCCCAAUGAGCUCUCAGUAAUGCACUGUCUCAUGAACACUUGAACAGCCCCUCCCCCACCCCUUGUUCGGAGUAAUUCUAUUGUCAGUGUGAAAACAUUCCAUAGUUUAGAAGUAGACAUUGCCAAUGCCGUGAGUUGAAGCCACGGCUCUACUAACAGAGAGAAAGAGUGAGAGAGAGAACAGAAACAAAGCACGGAUGCCUUUUCUUUUGAUUCAAGGUCUCAAGAUGGAACUGUGGGGACUGGUUAGGAUCUGAGGUGAGUCCCAGGCCAUUUCACCCAUCAGGGCCCAGAUUCUGGGAGGUGCUGGGGGCUCUGAGGGCCUGACCCCUCGCCUCCCCUUCCCUCUUGCCCAGGGAACUUUCCACAGGACAAAGCCAACAUCAAGACUCAACUCUCCUAAGUGGUACCUCUGGGUGGGGCUAGAGACCCGGAGACGCCAUGGGAGGCCCGUGAAGAUCAGAAGGGACUUCAUUCUUCUCCUGGACACGGACUGAGACAGCAGUGGCUCAAGCCAAGGCAGUGGCACCCAACCACCAAACCAGGACUAGGACGGACACCAUGAGCACACCCUCAUUCCCCUCCUGCUGUGGCCAGUGAGUUUGGUUUGGCACUCUACCAGUAAUCCCUGAAGGCAGCAUCCAUCAUCCUCUUCCCACCUGGAGCUAAUUUUUCCCAUCAUGUGAGGUGGACUUUCAGCAAAUGGCUUUCACAGUUCACAGUCUUAGAAGGUCAGUCCGGCCCGAGUGCAGGGUGGGUCUGGAGGUAGAUGAACCUCAAGUCCCUCCCCUAGCCUCUGCCAAAGCCAUCCCCUUUAAUGCCCACCAGUCCCAUCACUUGUGGGGUGCCUCGCAUGCCCCACCAUGCCACGCAGGGGGAUCUCCUCACCUUUGCUGCCCACCCUGGUCCUGUCUCACUUUCCUGUGCCUUUUGCAUGUUGGGAGAAGGUCUGAGUGUCACUGCCAUUCAUGCUUAGAAACCACUGAAAGCCCCCAAUAAAGCAUCCAGGAGAA